CACAAGAUGAACAGAAGCAAGCACAAGCGCCUCGAAGACCCCACCAAAAAUCUUACUCAAAGCGUCAUUCGCAAUGUCUUCUACCAGAGCAAUCGACGAGGCACCCACCAAGCCGGACGAUCAAUCCCUCGAACAUAAGGACGUCAAUGACAGCAACUUCAACCCACGAUCUCUUAAGUUCAUAACCGUAAUGAUCGGCAUGUACAUGUCCAUCUUCCUCGUCGCAUUGGACCGCACCAUAAUCGCCGUAGCCAUCCCCGCCAUGACCAAUGACUUCCACUCCAUCAGCGACAUUGGCUGGUACGGAUCAGCCUACCUGCUAACCGGCGCCUGCUUCAACCCGAUCUUCGGCCGCAUCUACGCCCUGUACUCGACAAAAUGGUGUUUUCUGACUUCCAUACUCAUCUUCGAGAUCGGCUCCGCUGUCUGUGGCGCCGCGCCAUCCUCGGUGGCGUUUAUUGUAGGCCGCGCGGUGUCUGGCAUCGGCUCGGCGGGCAUCUUCCAGGGCGGUAUGAUGGUCAUCGUGGGUAUGGUGCCGUUGAGUAAAAGGCCGAUAUAUACGGCGGUGCUUGGGAUGGCGUUUGGUGUGUGUGCGGUUUUGGGACCGAUUGUUGGGGGCUCCUUCACAGACUAUGCUACCUGGCGGUGGUGUUUCUACAUCAACCUCCCCAUCGGCGCCAUCACACUACUCAUCAUCUUUCUCUUUUUCCACCUAGACGCGCCGCAGCGUGAGAGCCUCACUAUCCUGCAACAAAUCCAGCGUCUCGACCCCGUAGGCAUUUUCUUCUUCGUUCCCUCCAUUGUAUGUCUAAUCCUCGCGCUACAAUGGGGUGGAACAACGUACGCUUGGUCCGACCCAAAGAUCAUCGGGCUCCUAGUCACUUUCGCUGUUCUCCUCAUCAUCUUCAGCAUCGUUGAGACAUUCAUGCCAGAGACGGCCAUGGCGCCUGCGCGCGUCGUGCUCAACCGCUCAGUCGCGGGGAGCAUGAUCUUCACAUUCCUCAACUACGGGUCUGUCAUGGCCAUCGCAUACUACCUGGCCAUAUGGUUCCAAGUUGCAAAGGGUCUCAGCGCGACGCAUGCCGGCAUCAAUACGAUCCCGAUGGUUAUAGCAAUGGUUGUAGCGAGUGUUCUGUCCGCCAAGGUGACGCAGAGACUCGGAUACUGCAACCCCGGCAUGAUCGUGUGCUCGAUUCUCAGCGCUAUCGGAGCGGGGUUGUUGAGCACGAUGACAAGGUCCUCGGAUCACAGCUACUGGAUCGGAUACCAAGUCCUGUUCGGGUUGGGGCUGGGGUGUGGUGGACAGCAGGCCAGUCUUGUCGUGCAGGGCGUGUUGCCGAAGAAAGAUGUGCCGUUGGGUCUGGCGCUAGGCUUUCUUAUGCAGCAGCUCGGUGGUGCUGUGUUCUUGUCGGUCUGCCAGAAUGUUUUUGCGACGAAGUUGGUGCAUCGUCUGUCUGGUGUUGCUGGGUUGGAUGCGCAGCAGAUUGUGGACACGGGAGCGACUGAUAUUCGGAACGUCGUACCGGCCGACGAGAUCGAUGCAGUCGUCGAAGCGUACAACCUUGGCGUUACACGGGUCUUUCUUGUGGCUGCUAUUCUCAGCGCGUGUACGAUUGUGGGUGUUGCCAUGAUGCAGUGGAAGAGCAUCAAAGGUGUAAAAGAUGCGAAGACGAGUGAGGGCGCAGAGGAUACGGAGGGCACAGAGAAGGUCUAAAUUCUCAAGUCAGUGAACAAUGACGGCUCGAAUCUGAACCUGGAGGAUUGAACGUAGACAGAUUAUAGAUAAUGAUGAUCUCAGC